AUGGGGUGGAGGAGUGGGGUGAGAGAGUUAAGGCCACUGGUACACUUGCUGUUGCCGUUCUUCAUACAUGGCAUCGCCGAGGAAAUGCCCAUUUCCGUUCUCGUCGACUUCACCACUUCCGCUCUCUGCCCUCCUCACACUUCUUCCUGCUCCAAAUCUCUCUACAUCGUCGCCCUUCAACAAACGGUGGUAGGAAUCUUCAAGAUGGUGGUAUUGCCGCUGAUAGGUCAGCUUGCCGACGAGUACGGCCGCAAACCGCUGCUUCUUCUCACCUUUUCUGCCUCCAUCUUCCCUUUUGCUGUGAUAUCGUGGAAACAGUCAGAGGAAUAUGUGUAUGCCUACUACGCGCUACGCACCGUUUCCUCCAUUAUCAGUCAGGGCAGUACUUACUGCGUCAUGUUUGCUUAUGUGGCAGAUAUUGUUGGGGAGAACAGAAGAGCAGCAGUGUUUGGAUGGAUCACUGGCCUACACUCUGCUUCCCAAUUCAUAGGAGAGGCCUUGGCUCGCUUCCUUCCUGAGCACAUCAUUUUUGGGGUUUCGACGAGCCUUUUGAUAUUUAGCUCACUCUAUAUGCUAAUGUUCCUUUCUGAAACUUUGAGGUUGCCUCCCACAAAGGAUCGACCACCCUCGCUUCGCUUCCCUAACCUCAUUCAUAUUCUUCGCCAACGAUUCUCUUCUAUGACAAAUGCUGCUCACCUUGUCCUUUCCAGUCCUACAUUGCGAGGCAUGGCUCUCGUCUCUUUCUUUUACGAGUUGGGAAUGUCUGGCUCUGUCACCAUAUUGCUGUACUAUCUGAAAGCAGUUUUCGGUUUUGACAAAAAUCAGUUCACAGAAAUUCAAAUGUUGGUGGGCAUUGGUUCAAUCUUUUCCCAGAUUGUGUUGGCUCCUCUGAUUAAUCCAUUGGUUGGAGAGAAAUUGAUGCUCUGCUUUGCCUUGCUUGCAUCCAUAGCCUAUGCACUGCUCUAUGGACUGGCGUGGGCUCCUUGGGUAGCAUAUUUGAGUGCCUCUCUCGGUGUGUUCUAUGUACUUGUGAAGCCAUUUACUUAUGCUAUUAUUUCAAAGGCAUCAAGCUCAGCCAAUCAGGGAAAAGCACAAGGAUUUAUUGCUGGUGUCCAAUCCAUAGCUCAUUUGCUAUCUCCUAUGAUGAUGAGUUCACUGACAUCGUGGUUUUUAUCUGGCAGUGCUCCAUUUGAAUGCAAAGGCUUUAGCUUAAUAUUUGCUUCCAUAAUCAUGAUGAUUUCUCUUUGUUUCGCUUGCCUAUUGGAGCCUCAAUCUCAUCAUUCAAUCGAUGAAGUCCAAGCCGAUCUUGAAACUCCUUUUCUUAAUUAGUGAUAAUUAUUUUAAUUAAUUAUGG